AUGUCCGUCGUUAACACUAACCCGUUUAGCGUGCUGAACGACAACGCCGAGGACACUAACGUCCCCAUCCAGGUUGCCCCCAAGCAGACCAAGGCCCCCGUCAAGGUUGCCGCUCCCGUUGCCGCCGCCGCAACCCCCGCCGCCGACCGCCCGCGCAGAGCCAACACCGGCUACCCCCCUCGCCACACCCAGCGUCAGACCGCCGGCUUUGAUGCCGCUGAUGCCCCCUCGGAGUUCAAUAAGACCCCCCGCCCCGCUCACCAUGGCCAGCGCGGUCGUGGUGCCGGCGCCUACCGUGGUCGCGGCCGUGAGUUUGACCGUCACAGUGCCACUGGUAAGGACGACUCUGAGAAGAAGGUGACUCAGGGCUGGCUUGGUAAGGACCAGGCUCUUGUCGAGGAUGAUGCCAAGGCUGCCGAGGAGGCUAAGAAAGAUCAGGAUGGCGUUGCUACUCCCGUUGUUGAGCAGGAGCCCGAGGAGGUUAUUAAGACCCUCGAGGAGUACCUCCAGGAGCGUGAGGCCAGUGGCAUCGAUGCCGGUCGCACUCUGCGCAAGGCCAACGAGGGUGGUGUUGACCAGAGCCAGCUGCAGAACGGCGCUGUUGCGCUUGUGCGUGAGGAGGCCGAGCAGUUUGUUCACGCCUCGAAGGGCCGGAAGAACCAGGAGCGCAAGCAGAAGACCCUUGUUGCCAUUGAGCAGCGCUUUGUCGAGAACCAGCCCCGUCGCUCUGAUGACUCCCGCGACGGUGCCCGCGGUGGCGCCCGUGGCGGCGCCCGCGGCGGUGCCCGCGGUGGUGAGCGUCGUGGUGAGCGUCCGGCUGGUGCCCGCGGUGGCAACGCCCCCCGUCAGCCCCGUCAGGCCCGUGUCAACGUCAACCUCCAGGAUGAGAGCGCCUUCCCCUCCCUCUAA